CCUUUCUUUCGUUCUUCUUCUCCCUCUCUCUUGUUUUGAGCCAUGUCCAAGAGCCUGAAGAAGAAGAAGAACCACUGGACUAACAAAGUCCAAGAGAGCGUGCUCUGCAGGAAUGAGGAGGGGGAGCUCGGGCUGGAGCUGGAGGGCGGCGCGGAGAACGGACAGUUCCCGGUUGUCGGCGAGCUCCUCCCGGGCGGAGCGGCGCGCCGCAGCGGCAAGCUGUGCCCGGAGGAACUCCUCCUGGAAGUCAAUGACACCCCCGUGGCUGGACUCACCACCCGGGACGUGCACGCCGUGGUCAAACACAGCAAAGACCCCGUCCGGCUCAAGUGUGUCAAACAAGGGGGCGUGAUCGACAAGGACCUGCAUCACUACCUCAACCUGCGCUUCCAGAAGGGCUCGGUGGACCACGAGCUGCAGCAGACCAUCCGGGACAACCUCUACCUCCGCACCGUCCCCUGCACAACCAGGCAGCCCAAGGAGGGCGAGGUCCCGGGGGUGGAUUAUAAUUUCGUGACCAUUGAGCGGUUCAUGGAAUUGGAGAAAAGUGGAGCCCUGCUGGAGAGCGGAACAUAUGAAGAUAACUUCUACGGCACCCCGAAGCCUCCGGCCGAGCCCAGCGCUCUGCUGCUAAAUGUAACGGACCAGCUGCUGCCGGGCGCCAGACCCACCUCCGAGGGCAAGAGGAAGAGGAACAAGUCGGUCAGCAACAUGGAGAAGGCCGGCAUCGAGCCCCCCGAGGAGGAGGAGGAGGAGGAGAGACCCGUCGUCAACGGCAACGGCGUCGCCGUCACCCCAGAGUCGAGCGAACAUGAGGACAAGAGCACAGACGCUUCGGGGGACGCCGCCCCGCCGAGCGUCCCGGCCGAGGCCCCGCCCGAGGCGCCCAAAGACGACGGACAGUCCCCGAAGAUGACGCUGCCCAAACCGGAGGACAACGACGAGCUCGGGCCGCUGCCGGACAGCUGGGAGAUGGCGUACACGGAGAAAGGAGAGGUCUACUUCAUAGACCACAACACCAAGACAACAUCGUGGCUGGACCCGAGGCUAGCCAAGAAGGCAAAGCCGCCCGAGGAAUGCAAAGAGGAUGAGCUUCCGUACGGCUGGGAGAAAAUCGAUGACCCCAUUUACGGCAGCUACUAUGUGGACCAUAUAAACAGAAGGACCCAGUUUGAGAACCCAGUGCUGGAGGCUAAGAGGAGAGUCCAGCAGCAGCAGCAGAUGCAAAGCCAGGGUCUGUCCUCACUGCCCCUUCCCACCAUCUACAGAGAGAAGCCGCUGUUCACGCGGGACCCCACUCAGCUGAAAGGCAGUUUCCUGUCCACCGCGCUCCAGAAGAGCAACAUGGGCUUCGGCUUCACGAUCAUCGGAGGCGACGAGCCGGACGAAUUCCUCCAGGUGAAGAGCGUCAUCCACGACGGGCCGGCCGCGGCCGACGGGAAGAUGGUCACAGGUGACGUCAUCGUCUACAUCAACGACGUGUGCGUCCUGGGCACCACGCACGCCGACGUGGUCAAGCUGUUCCAGUCGGUGCCGAUCGGCCAGAGCGUCACCCUGGUGCUGUGCCGCGGCUACGCUCUGCCCUUCGACCCGGAGGAAGCGGCCAACGCCAACAACACCACCAUCAUCUCCCCGCUGGGCAUCAUGGAGCAGCGGCCCGUCACGGUGAACGGCCGCUCGGGCUACGACAACUACCUGGACUACCUGUCGCGGGCGGCCCGCUUCGCCGGCGGCCCCGGGCAGGACGCGGUGACCGCCGCGCACCCGGGCGACACCCACCUGGACGGCUCGCUCCCCCCCGCCGGCGCCACGCCGCCCGACAGCGUCUCCGUGGCGUCGUCGGGCGCCGCCCAGGGCGAGCUGCUGACCCUGACCAUGGUGAAGGGCGCGGAGGGCUUCGGCUUCACCAUCGCGGACAGCGCCACGGGCCAGCGGGUCAAACAGGUGCUGGAGCCCCAGGGCUGCCCGGGCCUGUGCGAGGGCGACCUCAUCGUGGAGGUCAACAAGCGGCUCGCGCAGGGACUGGUGCACACGCAGGUGGUGGAGCUGCUCAAGGAGUGCGCCGUGGGGACGGACACCAUCCUGGUGGUGCAGAGGGGGGGGGCAGGUCACUAUUCACCCUGGAAGAGCCCUCAGCAGGUGCUGGAGCAGUGGGAGUCCCAGCUGUCGGCCCCAGUCACCCCCCACCACGCCCCCUUCCCAGCCCACCAUCUUCACAGGGCCUCGGUCCCAGACCCGGCCUUCAAGGCUAAACCAGACCCCUUUGACCUUUAUGAGAAGUCCAGGGCUAUCUAUGAGAGUAGGCAACCUGGCCAGCCGAGGACAGUUUUCCCAGUGGACCCCUCAGGGGCCGAGUACCUGGACAUGGAGGUGCACCUGCGCAGGCAGAAGUCCGGCUUCGGUUUCCGGGUGCUGGGCGGGGACGAGGCGGGGCAGCCUGUGAGUCCGGAGGCGCGUGAGAAGAUAUUGAUCGGGGCGAUCAUCGAGAAGAGUCCGGCGGACCUCGACGGGCGCCUGCGGCCCGGAGACGAGCUGCUGCUCGUGGACGGGAUCCCUGUGGUGGGGAAGCCGCACCGCUACGUCAUCGACCUGAUGCACGGCGCGGCUCGCCACGGCCAGGUGAACCUGGUCAUCAGGAGGAGGGGCCAGGGAGCAGGUGAGUCCUGUCCGGAGAACGGCCGUAGCCCGGGCUCCGUCAACACGCAACACAGCUCCCCGCGCAGCGACUUCACGUAUGCCAACAGCACCGGCCCGACCCAGGCCCCCACCGUCGCCAUGGGCAACGCCGCCGCCGCCGCUUCAGACAGGACGUCAGCCGCCAACACGCAACCCAGUGACGUCAUCAUCAACCGAAAGGAGAGCGAAGGCUUCGGCUUCGUCAUCAUCAGCUCGCUCAACAGGCCCGAGGCCGCUGCCAUCAACACCGUGCCUCAUAAAAUCGGGCGCAUCAUCGAGGGAAGCCCGGCCGACCGCUGCGGGAAGCUGAAGGUGGGCGACCGCAUCCUGGCCGUGAACAGCCAGUCCAUCGUCAACAUGCCGCACGCCGACAUCGUCAAGCUGAUCAAGGACGCCGGCCUCAGCGUCACCCUGAGGAUCAUCGCGCAGGAAGAGAUCAGUAAUCCCCUAUCAGCCCCCAGCUCAGAGAAGCAGAGCCCCAUGGCCCAGCAGCACAGCCCCAACACCCAGCCGGCCGCCUCACAGCCCAACCCGGCGGUCACAGAACCCAACCCCCCUCCUCUCGGCCAGCCCGGUGCCAUGUCUCACCAGAGCCCCGUGGCCCAGCUGCCCACCGCUCCACCUCAGACCUACACCCACGAGAGCAGUUACAGGUCAGAGGUGAAGGCGAGGCAGGACGUUAAACCCGACAUCAGGCAGCCGCCGUUCACAGAUUACCGGCAGCCCCCGGUGGAUUACCGGCACCCUCCCGUGGCGGACUACAGGCAGCCGCCCACGUUGGACUACCGGCACCCGCCGCUGCUCGACUACCGGCAGCUAGCGGCCGACACGCGGCAGUUCACGCUGCCGGACUACCGGAUGCCGCCGGUGCAAAUCCCACCGACCCGGAUCGCCCCCGACCUCUGCUGCCCGCCGCUCUCCCAGGACUUUGACUUCUUCACGGUGGAGCUGGAGAAAAGUGUGAAGGGCUUCGGCUUCAGCAUCCGUGGAGGACGGGAGUACAAGAUGGACCUGUUCGUCCUGCGCCUGGCCGAGGACGGGCCGGCCAUCCGCAACGGGAGGAUGAGGGUCGGGGACCAGAUCAUCGAGAUCAACGGCGAGAGCACCCAGAACAUGAGCCACGCCCGAGCCAUCGAGCUCAUCAAGUCCGGAGGGCGGCGCGUCCGCCUCCUCCUGAAGAGGGGCACGGGGCAGGUCCCAGAGUACGAUAAUGCCGCCCCAUGGGAUGCCCCAAGCCUGUCGGAAGUAGCCCCUCCCAUCGACAGCCUUUCCACGCCAUCGCCUUCAUCUCACCUGGCCCCCGACCCGCCUCACCUGCCGCCUCCGGACGUCCCGCGGGACGGCGGCCGGGCGGAGCGCUCCGCGAGCCCCCAGAAGGCCGAGCGGCCGAGUCCGGAUCCGAUCGGCUGCGGGAAGAGGGCGGCCUCGACCGGCGGCGGCAGAGCCAAGAAGGAGGGUGGCAGGCCCACCCGCAUGGGACACAGGGUCCGGCCCACGACGGAGAGGGAAGUGGGCCAGGAGGCGCCGAGCGGGGGGCCCAAAGCUUCCCGGGCCAGCAGGGGGCGCUCCAAGGACCGGAACACCGGGGGGGACAGAGGAGGAGAAUCCACCGGGUCUCCCGGCGGCUCCGAGCUCCCGCACACCAACGGGACCGGCGUCGUAGACGCGGAGCGGUACGGCGGCGGGCAGCAGGCGGACUCUGAGCCGAGCAGGACCGGGACCGGGGAGCCGGACUGGGGUCCGGGAGAGAGCCGGCCCGGCAAGGGCGGCGCGGCGGGGAGGAAGGCCACGGUGUCUCCCGGGCCGUGGAAGAUCCCCGGGUCGGACAAGCUGCCCGGCACGCUGCGCGCCGGCACCUCCACGCUGAGCAGAUAACACCGCGGCUCCACGGCUGAGAUUACCCCCCCCCCCUAGUGGAUGAAACCACCACACCUUCACACAAACACACACCCCCUCCAUCCCGUUCCCCCACAGACCACAGAGGACCAAAGUGGGGGACGGGGUGUUUUUUAUUAUUAUUUAUGAUACUGUACUCUAAGUUAUUUUGAGAAAUAUUUUACACCCACCACCUUAAGAACUGGAAGAAGAAGAAAAAAUCAUCCACCUUUAAAAAAACAACUUUAAAAAGCAAUGGAAGAGCAGAAGUAGAAUGUGUGACGGAGAACAGACUUUAAAGAACUAGAUUUAGACUUCUCUUCUCCCCCUCCUCACCUCUUCCUCCCUCCUCCUCUUCCUCCCUCCUCCUCCUCCCCCCACGAGCAGAACUGGGCGACUCGAACAUGCAAAUAUAAAAACCUUUCUCUCUUCUGGAUGGAGUUUCGUUGAAGACGGUUUGCCUGUUUUUGACGAGACCAGCAGAACUUUGCCUUAACGCAGACUGAGUGGGCCUGAGUCUACCGGAUGGGUAUAGACAUAGAUAUAUUAUAUAACGCAUAUGAACACGCGGGAUCACUUUUGUAAAUAAGAUCAUCUUCAGUCGAGCUGAGCGGAACUUCACCCCCUUUUUUUCCUCUACACUCCUGAUUGUGGUUUCGGGGUCUCGGCGGACCCCCGUUGAGGUGGAUCUCUAUGCGCUCUGAGAGGCUGAGAGGAGGCGACUGGGGGAGGGGCGGAGUGCCUUAGACUGACAGAGAGGAACCACUUGGGAGGGUCACGACAGGCUGCUAUACAACAUCCACUUCACGGAUAUUAAGAUCAAACUGUGUUUUUCUUCCCGACGGCGACACAGCGAGGCGUGUGAUUCAUUUCACGCGUGUGUGGAAGUCCACCGGCAGAGCUGCGGGCGGUCCACAUCAAAGGAGUUUUCGAUGUCCGAAGUUUUGUCUGAAGACUCAAACCGAGCGGCUGUCGUCAAAGCAUCGAUCUCACAGAGAUCAGAAGGGUUUGCUCAUCCUCGACCCGGAUGAACCAAUCAGCGGCCUCCGUUUGACAGCGAGAUGUUGAUUUGUUUUCCGGUGAUUGCGUUGCGUCUCCUGUCUGAAGGUCACGGCACGAAUGCAAAGGUGAACAUUUUUAUGCAACUUUGGGCUGAACCCUGCCAGAAGAAGCUCACGUUGUCUCCAGCUGACUCAUCAGUCUUGCACACAAAGGGGGCGGGACUUAAACCUUGGAUGGCUUCAUUCAUAAUAUCGCGCUAAAAGAGCAGAAAACUACAUUCCCCAGCAUCCUCACAGUGGAAGAAGUGAUUAAAUAUGAUUUUAAACCAGGUGAAAUCCAUCUUUGGCUAACAUGCUUAUUUGUAUCAAACAUUCUGUUUUCACUUUUAGCAAUAAGAGAGAAAAAAGUAUUUUCGGUGAUGCUGGAAUAAUUUUACUCGACUAAUCAGAUCCAACAGAAACGUUAAUUAGAGAGCUUUCUGGUCCACUUCAGCUCCUGUGAUUCUGGUUUUUGGAAAUGCUUUUUUUUUUUAAGCUGAUUUUAAACUCUUGAAAAGCUGCUGGGACUUAAAGCCAAAGCUAGACGGGUCUGCGGCGCCUGGUUACGGUUGCUAAGCCGCGAUGGAGCGCUUGAUGUUCGGGGUUUCUUUUAUUUACGCUAAAACUGACAAGUUUUAAAUGAACAGAUCUGUUCCCAGCGUCCGUACCCCUCUCUCUCUCUCUCUCCCUCUCUCUCUGGCAAUCCUCUGAAUGAGACGACGUCGUCAGGAGUAAAAAUAAAAUAUUAGAAUAGUCAUAAUACCAGAACACAAGAGUCCUCUCCUUCCGCUGCAACCGGUGUUUAAAGAACGAAAGAGCAAAGGGAAAGCAGUCAUUACGUGUCGCCAUGGCGAUCCAUAAUUACUCGAUGAAUAAGCGGACUGACUUUUUAAAAGCGCAAUCAGGCGCUUUGGGAAUUAUUAAGUCGGAGAAAUAAUCAUCAGCUGGCUGUGACCUCCGGUGACCUGUAGACGCUGUGAGGGGCAAGGUCACGAAGAGAGGCCCAAAAAUACACUCGACAUGAAUGCUGCCGUCACACUGUCUCUUCAUCAUCAUCAUCAUCAUCGGACUUCUUCGUUUUUUUUUAUGUUUGAAGAACAAAAACGUUAAAAAUAUAAAAUAAAGUGCGUAUGUUCGCUCAACCUUUGCACACCUCACUGCUUCCCCCCAUCUGAGCGGUCUCCAUGUGCCAACAUGUAAGUACUUUGCAAAAAAAAAAAAUACAAAACACAUCUAGAGGUGUAAAGAAAAAAGCGUGUGUGUUGAAAGACACGAUGCACUCCCACCCGAGCGGCUCGGCAUCACUGUGUAGUGUUAUAGCAGUGUGUAGACCCCAAAUAUCUCUAUAAAUAUGACUCCGUGUACUAUUGAUGGUCACAAAGACUAAAGUGGAGCAACUAUUUUUAUGAAAUGCAACACUAUGGAUAUAUUAACUUUUGCAAAAAUCUUGUUUACCUGUAUGAUAUUCUGAAACGCUGUUAAAAUAAAAUCUUGACAUGACAUGAAAGAUUUA